ACCGAGGGGAGGGCGAGACGGAAAUGGAGGGGAUCUGUGCGCACCCGUUCGCCCCCGGCCGGGUGUCGGGUGGAGAGAGCGUUAGGGGCAGAGCCGGGGGCUGUGGGAACCGGGGAGAUCGAGGCUAGGGCUCCGACCCACAGCUGGAGCAGGGUCGCGGCGGCCCGCUGACCCGCCGGUGUUUGUGUGUAUGUGCCCGCGCAGGGUGACAUGGAGAACUGUUUGGCAGCCGCGGCGCUGAACGGGGUGGACCGACGUGCCCUGCAGCGCACGGCUAGGCUGGGUCAAGAAGUGCUGGAGAGGGCCAAGAGGAGGGCGGUGGACUGGCAUUCGCGGGAGCUUCCCAAAAGCGCCGUGGGGGCCACGUCCCGGGAGCGGCCCUACCGAGAAAGACGGCCGGCAGCCGGCCCCCCCGCGCUUUCUCCCGGGAGAGAAGAAAGACAGCCAACCCUUAGUGCUUCCUUCAGAACAAUGGCAGAAUUCAUGGACUAUACUUCAAGUCAGUGCGGGAGCUACUAUUCAUCUGUGCUGGAGGAAGGAGGGGCGGCCCACGUCUCUCGUUAUCACAGAGGGAAGUCCAAGCUGCACUGCUGCUGGGACAGGGGGAACAGUCACAGAAAAGACACCUCCCUCGGUCUUGGAGGCAUCUCUCACGUGUCAGGGUGUGCUCUGGCGGCGUCCCAGCCUGCUGAGAACACCUCUAAGGACCUCUACAUAGAAGUAUAUCCAGGGACCUAUUCUGUCACUGUGGGUACAAAUGACUUAACCAAGACUCAGGUGGUAGCAGUUGACUCGGGACAGAGUGUGGACUUGGUCUUCCCCGUAUGAUGUGGACCAUCAUGGCUAUCACAUCACCUUUUUUUUAAGCAGCAAGAAGAAUAAAGUCACUGUAUGAUUCUUUUCAUAUUUACACAGUGAUCCUGCUUUCAAGGCUGAACUGUAGAGGGUCAGCCUUCCUGGGACCUGGAGUUUGUCUCUUUCAGUGCCUAUUUUAACUUGAAUGUCUAGAAGUACCCCCACUCCCCCACUUUCUGCUGAAAGUCAUAAUGUAAUGAUGCUAUCUGAAUAGUUUUUAACUGCUUACUUUCCAGAUGGUUAAUUAUGAUAAUAAAGGGAACGAUUUGGAAA